ACGUGAUGGCGUUGGGUGAGCGCCAGGAAGCUGCUGCCCGAGGCCGCGUGCAAGUGUGAAGAGCAGCACCAGUGUGGAUGUGCGCCCGCACAGCCCCUGAUCCUUGACCCAGACCACCUCUCUUCUGUGGUCAAUGGCGAGUUCAAUCGUCCCUCUCCUUCCUCCUCGCCCCCUUUCCUGACCAGGUCCAGUAGAAGCUUUGCUCAGGACACCAGACAUGAAGAAGCAGCAGCUCCGUUCCUCAUGCAAGAAGUGCAGCAAUGGACCUUUUGUUGGAUGUGCUGCUGCUCUUGUGGUGGUGCUGCUGUUCUCCAUGGCAUCUACAGCCACUUCUUGCACGGAGGGGGAGAAGGGCUCCGUCCUGCAGUUCCUGGAUGGGCUGUCGUCGGACGGUGGCCUCGCGGCAUCCUGGAGGCGGAACAGCACUGACUGCUGCGUGUGGGAAGGGAUCGCCUGCGGUGCGGAUGGGUCAGUCACAGACGUCUCGCUGGCUUCAAAGGGCCUUGAGGGGCGUGUAUCACCAUCGCUGGGCAACCUCGCCGGCCUGCUGCGCGUCAACCUGUCCGACAACUCGCUGUCGGGUGGCCUGCCGCUGGAGCUGGUGUCGUCCGACAGCAUCGUCGUCCUUGAUGUCAGCUUCAACCGCCUUGGAGGAGACAUGCAAGAGCUGCCAUCUUCAACCCCUGCUCGGCCUCUGCAGGUAUUGAACAUCUCGAGCAACUUGUUCACGGGAGGGUUUCCGUCCACGUGGAAAGUGAUGAACAACCUGGUCGCGCUCAACGCCAGCAACAACAGCUUCACUGGGCAAAUACCGAGUCAUUUCUGCAGCAGCUCGUCAUUGUUAGCUGUGGUUGAGCUCUGUUACAACCAAUUUACAGGCAGCAUCCCUCCAGGACUUGGCAACUGCUCCAUGCUCAGAGUGCUCAAGGCUGGACACAACAACCUCAGGGGGACUCUCCCCAAUGAACUCUUUGAUGCUUCCUUACUGGAGUACCUCUCGCUUCCGGACAAUGAUUUAAAUGGAGAGCUCGAUGGCGUGCAAAUAAUCAAGCUCAGAAAUCUGGCUAACCUAAAUCUUGGAGGGAACAAUUUCAGCGGCAAGAUUCCCGACUCAAUAGGCCAGCUCAGGAAAUUAGAGGAGUUGCAUUUGGACCACAACAACAUGUCAGGUGAGCUGCCGUCAGCUCUGAGCAACUGCACAAAUCUCAUAACAGUUGAUCUCAAGAGCAACCACUUCAACGGAGAACUUACCAAGGUCAACUUCUCAAGCCUGCUCAAUCUGAAGAAUUUAGAUCUUUUGUACAACAACUUCACCGGCACAAUUCCAGAAAGCAUAUACUCUUGCAGAAAGCUGGUUGCACUGCGCAUAUCUGGAAACAAUUUGCAUGGUCAGCUUUCACCUAGAAUAGCCAGUUUGAGAUCCCUCACUUUCCUAUCACUUGGUUUCAACAAUUUUACAAAUAUCACAAACACACUCUGGAUACUGAAGAACUGUAGGAACCUCACUUCCCUACUUAUCGGGGGGACCAACUUCAAGGGCGAGUCCAUGCCAGAAGAUGAAAUAGUUGAUGGUUUUCAGAAUCUUCAGGUUCUUUCCAUAGCUGGUUCCUCGUUGUCUGGAAACAUACCCUUUUGGCUAUCAAAGCUGACAAAGCUGGAGAUGUUACUUUUGCAAGAUAACCAACUCAGUGGGCCAAUACCAGGCUGGAUCAGAAACCUUAACUUACUGUUCCAUCUAGACAUAUCGAAUAAUGACAUUACAGGCGAAAUUCCAACAGCCUUAAUGGAGAUGCCAAUGUUAAAUUCAGAUAAGGUUGCACCCCGUUUGGACCCAAGAGCCUUUGAACUGCCUGUUUACGCAACACCAUCACGUCAAUAUCGGAUAACCAGUGCUUUCCCUAAAGUGCUGAAUCUAGGAAAUAAUAACUUCACCGGCAUGAUCCCUGAGGAGAUUGGUCAGUUGAACUCGCUUGUUAUACUGAACUUCAGUUCAAAUAGCUUAUCAGGGGAAAUACCACAGCAGCUCUGCAACCUGAUAAAUCUGCGGGUGCUGGACUUAUCUAGCAAUCGUCUCACAGGUAUGAUCCCAUCGGCACUGAAGAACCUGCACUUCCUUUCAGCAUUCAACGUUUCCCACAAUGACCUCGAAGGACAAAUUCCAGACGGAGUCCAGCUAAGUACAUUCCCAGAUUCUAGCUUUGAGGGGAAUCCAAAGUUGUGUCGCCAUAUUCUUCAUCGCAGUUGUGAUUCAACUGAAGGACCGUCUGAAGGUCCUGUUCCAUCUGGAGGCCAGUUCAGCACAUUUCAGAUUUCUGGCUUUGAGGGGAACAACAAGCUCUGUGGCGCCAUGCUCAUUCACAAAUGUGGUUCAACUGAGGCACCUCCAGCCACAAUUAUGUCAACCAAACAAACUUAUUACAAGACCGCCUUCGCGAUUGCCUUCAGCGCGUUCUUUGGUGUAGGGGUGUUGUAUGAUCAGAUAGUCCUAUCAAGGUAUUUUGGCUAGUAAUAAUCCAGUUUUUGUAUCGGUUUAUCCCAACAUUGAGAUGAUUAGGCUGCUAUUCAGGUUUAGCAAGAUGUCCAGCGAACAAGCUUCCCGUCAUAAUUGUAUACCAAAAUAUUCUAGGCCGAGGAGUUAUUCCAUUUCGUGGAGGUGUAAAAGUAUGUAACAAGGCAAGAAUGUUUGUACCGAAGCAUUCUAAAUGUAUCUGAAACUCAUCUUGUUGGUGUUCUGA